UUCGCUGGUUGCCCAAAGCCAGGAAAAAUGUCAAAGACGAAGACGAGAAUCCCGGUGGAUGUACCGUCAUGCAGCGCGCUAGGUUGUUCCAGAGAACAGAGAUGGCGGCCGGUUAGAGCUACACGUAAACACAGCAUUUCCAUUAAGCCGGACUCCCCGAAACGCUGAGGGGCAGCCAGCCUCACGCACCGCCGCGGUGACACCGCAGCAGUCACACGGGAGGUCCCCGGCGGACUCUUCGUUCAACCUGAGCAAAUUUACAAACCCUACUUCCAAACAAAAACAUUAAAACAUGGACGAACACCCUGGAGGAGGUGCAGGAGGAGGAGCGGCCGCCCCGCGACAGCCGCCUUCACCGCAGCAGCACCAGCAGGGCAGCAGCAGCGGCGGACCCCCCAUCGGAGCAGUCAUGGUCCCGCAGCAGAACGAAGACUUGCCCCGGCCACAUCAGCAGUACACUAUUCCCGGGAUCUUGCACUACAUCCAACACGAGUGGGCCCGGUUCGAGAUCGAGAGGGCACACUGGGAAGUGGAGAGGGCCGAACUCCAGGCCAGGAUAGCGUUCCUGCAGGGGGAGAGGAAGGGCCAGGAGAACCUGAAGAACGACCUGGUUAGGAGAAUCAAAAUGUUAGAAUACGCUUUAAAGCAGGAAAGAGCAAAAUACCACAAGUUAAAAUAUGGAACAGAGUUAAACCAAGGAGACAUGAAGAUGCCAAUCUUUGAGUCAGACACCAAAGAGUCGGAGGUCUCUGCUGUCCCUGCCAACAGUCAGCUAAUGUGGAAACAAGGCCGGCAGCUCCUCAGACAGUACCUUCAAGAAGUGGGAUACACAGACACCAUUUUGGAUGUUCGCACUCAGAGGGUUCGCUCUCUGCUCGGCCUGUCGGGUUCUGAGCAGAACGGAUCGAUGGAGAAUAAGAACUUGCAGCACCUGAUCAAUGGAACGGAGCGCUGCAAAGAUCCCAAGAGGAUUCCAAAUGACAAUCUGGAGACGUUCAACUUCCUGGAAAACGCAGAGGACAGCGAUGAGGAGGAGGACGAGGAAGGAGACCUGAUGGAUGACAUGAGCUCUGACAAACAACACAGACCUAAGAAACACAAGCCUAACAUAGAGAACGAGGGCCUGGCAUCAGAGGACGACGCAGACACAGAGGAAGCCCUGAAGGAGUUUGACUUCUUGGUGACAGCAGAGGACGGAGAGGGAGCCGGAGAAGCUCGCAGCUCUGGAGACGGGACAGAGUGGGCGGAACCACUACCGUUCCCCUCCGGCGGGGGGAAGUCCUUCCUGCUGGGAGGGCCGGACGACGUGCUGGAAAGCGUGUUGGGUUUGGGGGACCUGGCAGACCUCACCGUCACCAACGACGAGACGGACUUUGGCUAUGAUCUGUCGUCCAGUAAAGAGUCUGCGUUCAGGAAGACGUGGAACCCUAAGUACACAUUGCGCAGCCACUUCGAUGGCGUCCGGGCGCUGGCAUUCCACCCCGUGGAGCCCUGCCUGGUCACCGUGUCUGAAGACCACACCUUGAAGCUGUGGAACCUCACAAAGACCGUCCCAGCCAAAAAAAGUGCCUCUUUUGAUGUGGAGCCCAUCUACACAUUCAGGGGUCACAUCGGCCCGGUUCUGUCCUUGGCCAUGACCUCCAGCGGUGAGCAGUGUUUCAGUGGAGGCAUCGACUCCACCAUCCAGUGGUGGAACAUCCCCAGCUCUAACGUCGACCCAUAUGACACCUACGAUUGCAGCGUCCUGGCGGGGUCGCUGCUGGGUCACGCCGACGCCGUGUGGGGAUUGGCUUACAGCGGCAUCAAGAACCGCCUCCUGUCCUGUUCCGCUGACGGAACCGUCAAGCUGUGGAACACUGUGGAGAAAGACCCGUGCAUCAGCACUUUCAACACAAACCAUGAGCACGGAAUCCCCACAGCUGUAGACUUCAACGGUUGUGACCCCGCCCACAUGGUGGCAUCCUUUAACAACGGAGACGUGGCGAUAUACGACCUGGAAACGUCCCAGACUGCGCUGGUGCUGAAGGGUCAAGGAGACAGCACCGUCCCGGGUUUGAAUCACAUCAAUAAAGUGGUGAGUCACCCCACGCUGCCCGUCACCAUCACAGCUCACGAGGAUCGCCACAUCAAGUUCUUCGAUAACAAGUCAGGUAAAAUGAUCCACGCCAUGGUGGCCCAUCUGGACGCAGUGACCAGUCUGGCCGUGGAUCCUAACGGGAUCUACUUGAUCUCUGGCAGUCACGACUGCUCCCUGCGGCUCUGGAACCUGGACAGUAAAACGUGCGUGCAGGAGAUCACGGCUCACCGUAAGAAGAGCGAAGAGGCCAUCUACGACGUGACCUUUCACCCGUCCAAAGCCUACAUCGCCUCUGCCGGAGCCGACGCCCUGGCCAGAGUCUACGUAUAGAGGAGAGGAGCAGCACAGCGCCGCGCCGCGGGCUCUGAGUCAGACGUAGCCAGGUUUGAGGUCUGUUCACAUCCAUCUGAAAGCAGCAGCAGACUGAGACGCCCACACACAUGCAGCCGCCCCGCGCCGCCGCCUUCGCCCACUGAAUGGAGCACGUCUGACCUGGCCAGUCAGUUCCCUCUCUAAGGCGGUGUCCAGCAGGCUGACCGUGGCCGGCCCGGCCUCCUCGUCAUGUUGAACUCUAGUGCAAUCUCCACAUGCAGACGUAGGAACGUUAAAGGAAAAAUCCCCCCAAAUGCAGCCGAUGAGUGGAGCUGCUCCUCUCUGCUGGCAGAUUCCGUCCAUCCCAUCAACUCUUUGGCUCAGUCUCCAUCACUGUCACCUCCUUAUUUGUGCCAUGGUCAAACAUUGCAUCAUGGGAUUUUUAGUUUUAAACCAUCCACUCACAGGAAGGCAGCCGGUAAAUUAGUUAAAAUGUCUAACAGUGAUUUGUGUUUUCAUCAUCUUUACUGUUAUCAAGUUCAAAGGAUGAAUUCUUUACAUUUUACUGUUACAGUAGCUAGACGUCUGCAGUCAAAAUGACAUUUUUGGUCCUUUAAGUUUUCCGUAGCGACAAAGUUUCACUUGGAAGAAUUAAGUCUGAAAUGAUUAACUUUAUCACGGCUUUCAUGUUAUUUCUGAGUGAAGGAUGAAGUUCUGACUGCUUUCCAGACUCAUUCAGCUUUACAGUGCAGUUACGUUUACUGAAGAAUCCAUCUUCACAUAAAGUCAGGGCUCAUCAAGCUGUCUGCUUAGAAAAUAGAGAAAUGACGAGGAAACGUGUCUGAUCAGACCAAUGCCAGGGACAGAUGUGGUUUAGUGAUGCAGCAAGAAUUAAACUGUUACUUCUGAUUUGAUCAGUUUUUCACAACUUGGUAUGUAGAAACUCAGUGUUUCGUCCUAAACGGUUCUGUCCUCUUAACAGAACCUUCUGCUGAUUAUUCAUUCAGCCUGAAGAACCAAAAACUCUGACAGCAGGGAUCGUGUGGGGAGACGGAUCUGAAGUUUUGAAAUGGGCUUCUGUGGAGAGUAGGGACCAAUAAUAUAUUUACCAAUAUUUAUAUAUAUAUAUAUAUAUAUAUAUAUAUAUAUAUAUAUAUAUAUUUCCUAUGUGUUUCAAUCCAGUGUAAAAGCAGCUACACAGUCACUGUGACUGCUGCUCUAACUAAAGUCCCCACAGUCCUGCACUGCUUCACUGUCACGUGACUGAAUGUGGCCAACCGCGUUCUCCUGAAACACAAACAGCAACUAGACAGCAGUAAACAUCGGCUAUUAAUCAGUCCAGUUUUAUCGGACAGAUACCGAUAUGAUAAAACGUGGCUAACAUCGGCUGAUACCGAUACCGAUAUAUCGUGCAUCCCUAGUGGGGAUUUCCUAACCAGUAACCAUUCUACCAGUCCAUCUGACUGGUUGGAUCUUUACAUAACUGUGCUCACAGGCUCUAAUCAGUGACAAGCCAGAAAUCUAAUUCUGGUUUUCAACAAAGUGAAAUGUUAAUCCCAAUCAAACUGUGUGUAAAAACGAAAUCCUUCAUCUUCAGACACACUGCUGCAGAAUUCAGUCAGCCAACACUGAAAUGUCAGCUGACUGACAGUGACUCGUAUUACUGAGUCACUGCUGCAGCAGACUCAGUAAUAUGAAUUAACAUCAUGUAACACUUAACAGUUUUUGAUUAAGCUAAUCAACUGACACAUUUUUGACCAAAAUCAUUUACCUUCAGCCCCUAGUCGGGCUAUUUAAAAAAUAAAGAACAAGAUGGCGGCAUCACAGGAAAAGUAAAGACACGUCCUGAUUCUACAUCAGGAUUUCUAUACUGUUUAUUCUGCAGUUUAUGAAGCAACAUAAACUGCAGAACAAGAGAGAUACUGAACGUUCCCCACUGCAGGGAAGAUAUUGACUACUCUCAACAUAACCCCAAUUCAAAAAGCAGAUGUUUGUUUUCUGCUUCACCUGUUAUUGACAUCUUUAUGAAACACUUUAAGUUCAUGUGCUGCUUCCUGUUUGUAUGAGGCCACUAGGAAAGCUCAGGCUGGAACUGACAGGUUGAGUUGCUGCUGCCCCUAGUGGUGUGGAGGUUCAGUUUAAAGAAGUUAUUUUUGAGAGAAAAAAAUACUAAAAAUCCUUUUUUUGUCUUUUGUCUGUAAUCCGUAACAUAACAUUUGCCUUCACAGUGGUAAGCAUUAAAAGUGCAUCAGCAGUGUGUAAAGGAGCCAGCAGGGGGUGCUAACAUCUAUCAGGACACUAAAGAAGCAGAAGCGCUAAAUGAUCUGAACUAAUAGAGCCAGUUUGUUUAAUGUUCAUAUCUAAAAUUUUGGGUAAUUAUUUUUCCUUUAACUUUCUGAAGCUCAGCCUGAGAAUCACUGAACCUGACAGACAAACAGGGGAUUUUUCCUUUAAACCUACGGAGACAAAGUCUGGACUGAAGUGAACAUCUGAUGUUUGAUCUCUGGUUUCUCUCCUUUUUUUAAAAAAAAAAAAAGAAAAAGAAAAAUAUUUAAAUGUGCUGAUGUUGCCAGGAAAACAUUUUAGCAGUUGUACAGUUUUGAAGAAAUUUAAAUUAAGAAAUGGAAAAAAAACCCAACAUGAGUGAGUUUGUGUGUUGGAAAAACCUGCCGAGCGAUCAUGGUUGGUGAAAAAUCUGACGAGGGUGGAGCUGCUCGGAACGCCGAGCGCAGCCCCGCGUCUAAAGCUGAGUAUUUUUGUUUGUGUGAAAGAGACAAAAAAAAAUCUAGUUUUUAUAAUCCUUUUUAUAGAAAUAUUGUUACUGGAGCGGAGGAGCUGUCCUGUCGGCCAUGCCAACGCUCACAGAUUAACCGUCGCUCGGUGACUAACUUCACUGCCACAGAUUAAAGAGCAGAAGUCACACGGAUGAAAGGAGAACGGUUCAGAUGAAACACACUGGAUGGAUGGUUUAAUAAGAACCUAAAUGUUAUUGAAAUCAGGUAUGUAAAGAACAGACACAGGUCAGCACCAUGUUAUACUGUUAGACAGCAGCUGCUCUCACACCGGUGUUAUGACACCUCUGGUCCCGAUGGGAAGAAUUACAGGCCGAUUACAGCAGCAGAGCCAGAAAUAAUCUGUUCUUGUAGUUCAGAAAGGGAAAUCAGAUAAAAUGAGUGUCAAGUCAAAGCUUUAGAAACUGGCCACUAAAUCCAGAUUCUCCCUCUGAAGCUGGAAAAAUAACAGUACAAAAAUCUAUCAGCCUGACCUAAAAUACCUGAUCUGAUUAUUUAAAUGACAUUUCUUCUGACUUUUUACAUCAAAAAUGUCUGAAAUAUGGAUCCAAACUGUAAACUCAAUGUCUAAAUCAGGGGUGUCCAACGAGUGGCCCGGGGGCCAUUUGUGGCCCUUGGACUGAUUUUUGUAUGGACUCAGAGCUUCUUUUUGGUUUGUUUUUAAAUCAGGAGAAAAUUGUAAACAUCAUUUUCUUACAAUGGAAAAUGUAAAGUGCAAAAUAAAAUAUUCAUUUUUACAACCAAGCUUGUAUAAUAAGCAGAACCACAUUUAUCCAGAAACUUUUACUUCAUGCUGAACCCAAAUCAUCUUUAUUUAUGAAACUUGGUUAAAUAUUGACAAGUGUUUUGAAAGGGACACAAAUCCUGUUCCCAUUACAGAGAAUCAAUUGUUCGAUAAAUUUGUCCAAAGCCCAAAGAAUUGGAACGCUGGUUUCAUAAUAUAGCAAACGUGUAAAUCCUUUAAGUUUUGGAUCUAUGGUGAAGAACAUCUUUUUUCUUGGGGGGG